AUGCUUGUAACAUGGAAACAGGCCCAGUCCUCCAGUGAUGAACAAAAGAUGACCAUGUUGUGCACAGCAUUGACAAAGAUCGGAAGAGCAGAUAUUGCUGAAUUUCUGCACGGAGCGCCUGCACCCAGACCACAGCAUAGUCAGAGACCAGACCAAGAACCAAGGCUGGGGGCUCCUAGCUACCAAGAAGCUGGUAACAAAACCGGGGACAGUUUGAAGCAUGAGACCAGCCAGGACACAGAGGUGCCAAGGUCACCAGAGCCCAGCCAUCUUCAAAAGGUGUUAGAUGAAGUCAACAAGCUGAAGAAGAAUCUUUCUGCAAGGGAGCAGUUGGAUAGCAGAGUACAGUUACCCUACAUGGCCAUUGGGUACUUCAACGAGAAGGGCGGAAGCUUGUCCCUGGAUGAGUAUGGCGUGCACCUCACCAUCCCGCGUGGUGCAAUAGCUUCAGGCCCUCCACAGCAAGUCUACAUCUAUGUUGACCCUACGGCACCACAGAAGGGUGCAGUUGAGUCGACAGUGGUCUCGCUUUCACCAACUGUCAAGUGCGGCCCCGAAGGGUUGAGAUUUAAAGAGAGUGUUGUGCUGUCCUUUCCUCACCACGCUGUUUUGGGAGGUCAACCAUAUGACAACCUAGAUGUAAGAAUGCGUCAUGACGACUCGCAGGAGAGGCGAUUGAAGGAUGGCAAUCCUGCUUUAGUCACGGAGAAAGAGGUGUUUGUCCUGGCCGAUCAUUUCACCAAUUUUGAUCUGGUUGGCGCACCUACUCCUGGAAGCAGUAAGCGGAUGAAGGUCGCUGCCUUUGGAGGCGUCCUUGGCAUGCAAAGUCGUCAGUAUGCGUUUCGGGUCCAUGUUUGGAACGACGAUACAAGUGUUGAACGGUAUGUCAUCCGAGAAGAAGAGCAGCGCAUGAACUCAAAGAUGUUGGACGUUUCCAGGAAGAUACUGUUUGUCUGGGAUAGCGGGAACUUGGCUGUCAGAGUAUCAGAUCUUAACGGUGGUUGGACAUUUUGGGGAGCGAGGGAAGAGGCCAUCGUUGAAAGAAACGUACAACUCUUCCCUGAGAACUCCGUAACAUUCAACCUGAAACGGGAAGAUUCACAAGACAGAGGGCUUUACUGUAUUGCUCGCACAUUCCAGCGUUCUCCAACUGAAGAUUCGGGGAAUCAAUCCAUCGCUGAUCUUAAAAUCAAUCCGAAUGCUCCUGAUGAUAUUCUGUCUACUGAAGGAAGAAGUCGCUGUACAUGCUACACAAGUGACGGGGUAGCUGUUGUGUGUGACAACUGCAUGGCAGAUAUUGGAACAAAUGAUCACGGAGAGGUUAGCGCACACGAUUACGGUGGAUUGUCAGAGGAAAGGGUAAACUCCUUAUGUUCUUAUCUCAGCAUCAAUGAUAGACAUCUUACACUCCUGGAAAAGAUUCGCAAUUUGGAGGGCAGAUCUAGACAGGAUCUCAUCGGAGAGAACAGAAUUCGCGCAAGAAACGUACUGGAAAUCUUUUUUAACGGUCGCAGACGUACAUUCAGUAAUGUAACAGAUAACGAAGCGAUAGAGUCACUGGUACAGAUACUGAUUGAGUUGCAAUUCACAGGCGCUGUAGAUAUCAUCAGACAAGAUUUCGACGAGCCCAUGGAGGUACAGUAGUGAUAAAUAAUUAAGCAGUUAUGCAGUAGUAGGCGUAUAUAGUACGUGUAAAAGUAGUAUAUUAGUUGCGCGUGCUCAUUCGCGAGUUAAUUACUAGUUUUGCGCGCCACUAAAUUUCUCGCGAUUGCUCUUUUUGGUAACAUUAAUAAAAUAUAUAAAUUGCUUGUUUUCCUAGCAUGUUGCCGUUUAUUCUUACGCAGUUCUACCGAUUUGUCAUUGUUGUAAAUUUUAAACUGUGAAAUGUAGAUAAGUUUCUUUUUCCACAGGGUGAGUCAAAAAUGCGGAACCCAAACCUCCACAAAUAUAUUUCAUAUAAAAUAUG